AUGGGAGAGUAUGAAGUCGUCCCUCGACAGUUACAUGCUUUUGAGGAGGUUAAGAAGAGAUACAGCGCCGCUAUCAACAGGCAGCUAAAACUUCCUCCUAAUUCAAUCUCGACAACUAAAUAUUCGUUCCUGUUAUUCAUACCGAAGAACCUUUUCGAACAGUUUCAUCGUUUCGCCAAUAUAUAUUUCGUGUUUAUAUGUAUCAUAAAUUUCGUUCCGCAAGUGGACGCGAUCAGUCCCCUUCUCUCCCUGGUGCCUGUUAUUUGCAUUCUCGCCUUUACUUCAAUCAAAGAUGCAGUCGAAGACUACCGAAGACACCUAUCAGACAAACAGAUCAACUCACAACUUUGCCUUGUAAAAACUUCAGAAGAUACAACAGUCCGAAAGUCCUGGGAGUCGCUCAAAGUUGGCGAUAUUAUUCAAAUUGGACUCAAUGAAGAGAUUCCAGCCGAUUGUCUACUCAUCGAUUCUUCAAACGAGGCGAACAUUUGUUUCCUCGAAACGGCCAAUCUAGACGGAGAAACCAACCUCAAGCAAAAAGAUGUCGUCGAUGUCGACGAAUACGCACAAGAAGAAAAUACUUGCGCCAUGUUUCCCUUUAUUUUAAAAACUGACAAGCCCAAUCCAGACCUUACAAGCUUCAAAGGAUAUCUUGUGCCUUACGACCAAUCCGAACAAGAAUGUGAAAACAAGAUUCUCGUCAAAAAUAGAAACGUACUCUACAGAGGGUGUAUUUUGCGCAAUACUGAUCAAAUCGAGGCGCUUAUUAUUUACGCUGGGAAGAACACAAAAGCUGUAUUGAGCAAUAAUGAUCCACCAAGCAAAACAUCUUACAUGGAGCGCCUCAUGAACCGCGAUGUUAUUUGGUGCGUCGUGAUUCUCCUGAUUUUGUGCAUGAGUGGCGCAGUCGCAGGAGUUCUAUGGGAAAGAGACGCACAUACGAGCCAGCUGAAAGGAAAUUGGUAUAUUCCACGAGAAAACGAAGAUGAAGACAACGCGAAUGCCACAUCUACCGAGUUAUUUCUAGUUGGAUUCUUUAUGUUUCUUCGGAUGAUUGUGCUUCUGCAGAUCCUCAUCCCAUUGUCGCUCUAUAUUACUAUUGAGAUCGUCAAGCUCUUUCAAGCUUUCUUUAUCAGCAACGAUUUGGAAAUGUACUCAGAAGAAUUCGACGCUGGUGUGGUUUGCCGCUCCCUCAACAUCACCGAGGAACUUGGAAACAUUCAAGCCAUCUUUUCAGACAAAACAGGAACACUCACUGAAAACCAAAUGAUCUUCCGCUGCGCGUCUGUGAAAGAAACCAAUUACGAACACGCCGCGAACACCAAAUUAAUUUUGAAGACGAAGUCAAAAACAGAAAUAUCCGACGGCGAGAACCUCGAAACUGGUGGCCGAUCUGUCCGAAAACCAAAGUCAGCUCACUUUCGUAAAAUAACUGAAGAUCAACGACAUGCGACUAAAAGUCCGGAGCCAAGCGAAACUGAGAAUUAUGACCCAGAAAUCAAUGUCUUUCCUGACUCGGAGCUUCUUUUGAAGCUAAAAUCUUUCGAUGAAACCGAUGUGGACAUUCGCAAUUUCUUCCUAUGCCUGUCUUGCUGUAAUUCUGUCGUUCUUACGAUGGAGCAGCGUGGGAAGAAGAUCAAAGAUGCUCCGGAAACGCCAAAAACUAGAACACCUCUUGACUCUGUGCGGGAUAGUUUUUCAACUCUCGGGCGGAAACUGAAAAGUGUGCCAAAGAAAAUGAAGCGUCGAAAGAAAAGUAAAUCAUCGCAAAAAUCUAACGAACAGCCCGAGGAGAAUCUGACUACUGUAAAUGAAAGAGCUAUCAAGCCAAAUACUGUUGAUACGGAACGGAAAGUCGAAGGGAUUGCAAAUCCUACCUUUUCUCCUGACUCUCCAAUUCGAGCACAAGUUGAUAGAGCGCAACUUAGACUCGACUUUACGGCACCUAAACAUCUCAUAUUUGCGGAUGACAAUAAUGAAAGAGCAGACUUCCUGAAAGAAAAAGAUGUUUUGUACGAAUCAGAAAGUCCAGAUGAAGCAGCACUUGUAUACGCAUCGAAAGCGUACGGAGUUACACUCAUGGCUCGGAGCGAGCGCAGCGUGCGUAUCACGUGGCCGCGCGAAGGGGUGAAAACAUUCAAGUGUAGAUAUGUUUUGCCGUUUGACUCGAGCAGGAAAAUGAUGAGUGUGAUUCUGGAAGACCCAGAUGAACCAAGUGGAUCAUUAAUUUUGACGAAGGGAGCAGAUUCUGCCGUGUUUUCAAGAGUGAAAAACAAUUCUGAUGUUACCAAAGAUCACGUAGAUUCUUACGCUGAUGAAGGGUUGAGAACACUUUGCCUUGCGUAUAGAAGAAUAUCGCAGCAAGAAACGCUCGAUAUCAUAAAAGAGCUCGCUGAUGCAGAGAUUUCUGGAGACGAGCAAGCCCUAUCUACUGCAUUUUCCUUGGUUGAAAAAGAUCUUCACUUGGUCGGUGCGACGGCGAUCGAGGACCGGCUUCAAGACGGUGUCGAAGAAUCAAUAAGAAUAAUCCGAGAAGCAAAGAUAAAAUUAUGGGUCCUCACGGGAGAUAAAGUUCAAACAGCCGUUGAAGUAGGCCGUAGCUGUAAUUUAAUAAAACGCACGGAUCAUCUGCAAUAUCUGAUUCAAGAAGAUGUGGACGAUGCGCUCAGACAGUUUCUGAAGAUGCGCGGUCACGACGAUCCAGAUAAACUUGCUAGCAGCGUCCUUGUCAUUUCAGGCAGCAACUUGGAGUAUAUUUUGGCGAAUGAGAUGAAGAAAUUCAUCAAAUUCUGCAACCUCUUUGGAGCCGUUUUGUGCUGCAGAACGACGCCGAAAUUAAAAGGAGAUGUUGUUGCUUCGGUGCGACAGGUGCUCAAUUUAAGAAGCUUGAGCAUCGGUGACGGAGCGAACGAUGUUACGAUGAUUCAGGAGGCAAAUAUAGGUGUUGGCAUUUCAGGGCACGAAGGCCGCCAAGCUGUUAUGGCUAGUGACUACGCCAUGCCUCGAUUUAGGAUGCUUCCUAGACUCUUGCUCGUUCACGGACACUGGAACUACGCUAGAAUAGCUCAGCUCAUAGAAUACUUCUUUUACAAAAACGCGUUAUUCAUCCUCUUGAUCUUCAUCUACCAAGGUUUCAGCGGCUGGUCUGGUGCCAAUUUCAUCCCUGACCUGUAUCUGAUUCUAUUUAUGCUUCUCUUUAACUCAAUACCUCCCAUCAUAAACGCAACUAUCGAUCGCUUUCUCCCUUCAAAACUUCUAAUGAAAGAGCCAAGUUUAUACCAAUACUGCGCAGAGAACAAAUCAUACCAGCCUUUUCUUUUCUGGGUCGCGAUGCUCGACUCAAUUCUUCAAGCUUCUGUUCAAUUCUUCAUUCCGCUUGGGAUUUUCUAUGAUGCAAAUCAAUUCGCUAUUGAAAGCACUAUUAGUGUUUGGACUUUUGGCACCAUCGUCGCAGCUGGAUGUCUUUUGGCGACGUUUUUCCAUCUUGGAAUCGAUACCAUGAGCUGGACUUGGGUGCAUAUUUUCUUUCUUAUCUUUUCAUAUGCUCUGUUUCUCGUAAUCGGCUUAGCUUCAAACGCGCUACCUUCAACUGGUCAAAAUGAAUACUGGAUAAUGGAGUAUCUCUUCUCCGACUUGUGGUCCUGGCUGACUGUACUCAUGGUCGCAUUUUUGUCUGUUCUACCGCGCUUUAUCAUCAAAGUACUCGCAAAUACUUUUUCGCCGAGCGCCCAAUACUUCUACCGAGAAAAGCACUAUCAAAGUAACCGCUAG